CCCUAAACUAAAUAUGAGAAGGCAUGACGCUGCAAUAUUUUGAGUUCAAUGCUGGCUGCCCCCAAUUUCAAGAAUUUGAAUUUUGCACUGCGUUACUUGUCGCAGAAAUUCCAUCCCAGGAGAAACAAUUCCUCGCCGGAAUUCUUCAAACUGCAGCAAAUCCACUCUCUCCUCAUCGUCUCCAGCUUCUCCGACCACUCUUCACUCGUCACACCACUCCUCCUUCACUGCAUAUCCCUCCCUUCCUUCCCCCGCGCCUACGUCCUCUCCAUCCUCAACCAGAUUCGCCGCCCCGAUGUCUACACCUACAACGCCCUCUUCAGAGCCUUCACCUCCGACCCAAACACCGCAAUUCUCAUCUACGCCAGGAUGCACCGCGAGGGCGUCUCCCCCAACAAGCACACCUUCCCUCUCCUCCUCAAAACCAAAACCCACAUCCCUUUCCAGAUCUUCGCGCACUCCAUCAAGUUCGGUUUCGCCUCUGAUCACUUCUUCCUCAACACUUUGCUAAGCGUCUGCGCGAAAUGCGGGCUCAUCGAGUGUGCUCGCAAAGUGUUCGACGAAAUGCCGCACAGAGACGUCGUCGGUUACACAGCGUUGAUGGAUGGGUAUGUUAGGACUGGUCGAGCACGAGAAGCUCUGAACCUCUUUCUAGAGAUGAGAGCGUCGGGUAUCGCGGUGGAUGAGGUAGCAGUUGUCAGCGCCAUUUCCGCUGCCGGAACCCUCUGCUGCGAUUGGCUGGGGCGGUGGAUACACGGGUUUUACAUCGAAUCGGGGAGGGUGGUGCGAGAUGUUUAUGUUUCCACAGCUCUCGUUAAUAUGUAUUUGAAAUGUGGUUGCUGUGAUGAUGCAAUGAGAGCUUUCCAUGAUAUGCCUUACAGAAACUCUGUUUCUUGGAAUGCUUUGCUGGCUGGUUUCGUGCAGUUGAAUAAGUUUAAGGACGUGUUGCUUCUUUUCGAUGCAAUGCUGCUCGAACAAGUCGAACCUAGUGAAGCUACAUUAGCAACCGCGCUCAAAGCCUGUGCUCAUCUUGGCUCAUUGGAGAAGGGAAUGUGGCUCGAUAGCUACAUAGGCACGCGGAAACUGGAGCUAACCUCAGUGCUCGGGACUGCUCUGAUCGACAUGUAUGCAAAGUGCGGGUGCGUGGGGGAGGCGUUUCGUGUUUUUGAGAUGACCCGUGUGAAGGACAUGUACCCAUGGACGGCCUUGAUACACGGGGUGGCAAUGAACGGGGACGCCAUGGACGCCCUGAGUCUCUUCUCUGAGAUGUUAAGCAGCGGGGUGAGACCUAACGAGGUCACAUUCAUCGCAGUGUUGAGCGCUUGCUCUCAUGGGGGGUUUGUGUUGGAGGGGAGAGAGGUGUUUGAAGCGAUGGAGCGCGAUUAUGGGGUGCGGCCUGGCGUUGAUCACUACGGGUGCAUGGUCGAUAUGCUUGGGCGGGCGGGGCGGUUGAGGGAGGCGGUGGAGGUGAUGGAGGGGAUGCCAGAGGAGAGUGGGGAGGUGUGGGGUGCUCUGCUCGGUGCGUGUGUGAUUCAUGGGGAUGUGGAGGUGGGGAGAUGUGUGGGGGAUCGGGUGAUUGAGCUGCAGCCGCAUCGUGGCGGGAGAUAUGCUGCGUUGGCGAAUUUGUAUUGGAAAAGUGGCGAUGGAGAAGAGGCAGGUGGUGUGAGGAGGAGGAUGAAGGAAGGUGGAGUGGAGAAGACAGCAGGGUGUAGUUGGAUUGAGUCUAAUGGGAAACUGCAUCACUUUGUGGCGUUUGAUACAUCACAUAUUGCUUCACAAGCUGUGUAUACCACCUUGGAUAAACUUACUCCUCACAUGGAGGAGGAGGAGGAUCUUCCUUUUCUUGUGGAUCCCAUUUUUCAUAGUUAACUUAUUAUAGAUAUUCAAAUUAAAUUACUGAUUUGUCAUUA